AUGGGCUUUCCCGCCGAGGAGACGCCGCAGGAUCGGGAAAUUGCGGCUCUCAAGCGGGCCAAGGUCAAGCUCGAGACGGAGCUCGACUCGGAGCGCAACGAAGCGCUCAAGUUGAAGGACCGGGUUCAUGAGCUCGAGUUGGAGGUCCGCGAGGGGUUGACGAAGGCCCAGCAGGAAGCGGCAAAGGCUGUCCAGGCGGAGGAGGCUUUGCGGAAACGAACCGAUGCCUACAACACCAUCAAGAACCAGAAGGAGAACGCUGAGGUCGCGUUGCGCGAGGUGGAAGAGAAGGUCAAGGAGCAGGCGGGCGAGAUCAAGCGUCUCUCGUACGACCUCGAGGUCGUUCAAGCUCGCUCGGCUGCGCCUUCGCAGGUCGCGCAGGAGAAGGCGGCCCUCGAGAAGCGGGUGCACGGCCUCACCAUGGAGUUGCAGCGGACGCAGAUGAAGCUCGAGAAGGAAAAGGAGAAGGAGAACAAGGCGACUGCAGAGUCUGCGAAGGUUGGAGCAUCGAAGAUUGCUCGUCCGCCUUCCCGCGCUUCGAUUACUGGUGCCGACAGCAAGUUGCCUGCCGGACCCGCAACUCGAGGACGCUUCGGCUACUCGUCCAACAUCCCCGCUCCCGCCUCCGCCUCGAAGGCUCCCGCUCGUCCUCCCUCUUCUCUCGGCUCGACCCGCCCGCCUUCCAGUCUUGCCAAUCAUUCCGCCAUUCCGACUCGCCAGCCAGCAGGCACGCGCCGCACCUCCGUCUCCGCUACUACCGCUUCCGCGACUGUCGACGCCGGCAAGACUGCCCAACUCGAAGCAGACCUCUCGUCCGCCAAGUCUACCAUCGCUUCUCUCGAGACUUCGCUCACUCAAGCGGAAUCGACGAUCUCGUCUCUCGAGUCGACACUCUCGACAACGCAGGCCAAGCUGCAGACCAAGUCGGACGAGCUCCUCCGCGUGGAGAACCAGCUCAUGGCGCUCGAGCGGUCAUCGACCGAGGAGGUCUCGCGGCUCAAGAGCGAUCUUGAGGAUGCGCGCGACGAGCUCGAGGGCACCAAGGACGAGUUGCGUGAAGUUCGCGACCAGGUCGAGCGGGAGAUGGAGGACGCCUUGCGGGAGUCGGAGGAGGAGCGCGCUUUCUUGACGGAGAAGGUCGAGCGGCUGCAGGCCGAGGUGGCGCGGAUGAAUGAGGAGCGGACGGCAAUGGAGGGAAACCGGGAGGAGCUCGAGCGGCUCUUGCACGACGCCCAAGCCGACCUUGAUGCACUUGCUCAUGUCGAGGAGGAGCGCGAUGAGGCGGAGAACGAGCUUGCGUGGACAGAGGAGCAGCUUCAGCUCGCCGAGAAGGAGAAGGAGAAGCUUGCUCAGGACCUCGAAGACGCCGACAACGCGAUUGAGGAGCUCGAGCAGGACCUGGAGGCGAUGUCGAAAGAGCUGGAGGCUGCACGAGCGGCGAAGGCUGGUGCGCAGGAGACGGAAUCCGCGCGAGAGGAGACCGUCUCCACUGAGGCGAUGGAGGCCGUCCGUCGCGAGAUGAAGGAGCGUCUCGCCGCUGUCGAAGCCGACCGAGACGACCUUGUCGCAGCUCUCGCCUCCGCUUCCAAGGCGCACCAGGAUGCUUCAACAGAGCUGGCUCGCCACCGUGACCUCCAGGACGCCGAGCAGGAGGAGAAGCAGAACGUUGUGGACGAGCUCGACAACGUCAAGCGACGGCUGGCCGAGACUGAAUCCGCCCACAACGCCCUUCUCGCUUCAACCUCCUCCCUCGACGACCUCACAUCGCAACUCGCCGACCUGCGCGCUCAACUGGCUGAGAAGGAGCAGCAAAUCAUCGACCUUUCCGCUCGUCUGCCCGAACUCGACACGCUUGCCGCCGAUCGCGACAGUCUCGCCUCGCAGCUCGAAGAGCAUGCCCAGCGCGCCGCCAAGAAGGAUGCGAACGCUGCCGACUUGACCAGCCGCAUGGCCGAGCUCGAGUCGACUCUCGCCGCCAUUACCGCUGAGCGCGACGAGCACCUCGCUACUCUCGUCGAACAGAACGACCGCGUUGCGACUCUGCAAGCGACUGUCGAGCGAGUCGAGCAACUUCGCGCAGCACUCGCCGACACCCAGCACCACUUGGCGACUGCUCAUCAGCAGGUCGCAGAGCUCGAGGUCGCCCGAGCCGCCGCCGAGCAAGGCUCCGACGCCCUGCGCGACGAGCUUGCCCGGCAUCUCGAGACUCGGGACGCCGCGACGAUCGACGUUUGGGCACGAGUUACGCAACUCGAAGCCGACUUGGCUGACGCAGUCGCUCGCCACGACUCGAAAACGGAGCAGCUCGAGAAGGCUCAUGCCGCUCGUGCCGCCGUCGAGGAUGCUCACGCUGCCGCUGCUGAGCGGAUCGACUCGCUCAAAGCAGAAGUUGCUCUGCUCGGCAAUGAUGUCGAGUCGGAGCGCGGCUCCCUCGCCGAGGCGAAGGCGGAAGCUGAGGCCGUCGAGGAGGCGCUAAUGGACGCGAAGCAGCAGCUCAGGGCGACGGAGGAUAAGCUUGCCGACAUCUCGAAGGUUCACGACGACCUCGUCCUCGAGCGCGAGUCACUUCACGCCCAGCUCGCCGAACUCGAGCAAGCCGCCGAACAGCUCGACGGCCGGAACGCGGCCCUCGAGGAGGAGCUCGACGAGGUCCGCGCCGCUGCGGACGAGAAGCACCUCGCCGACGCCGACGAGAUCGGCGAGCUUCACGCUCGCCUCCGCGAGCAAGACGCGGUUGUCGAGCAACUCGAGCGACAGGUGAACGAGGCGGAGUCGCUGCGUCGUAUUCUCGCCUCCAGCGAAUCGCAAGCCGAUUCACUCGGCUGGGAGUUGCGCGAUGCUCGUUCCGCCCUGGCCGAACAAGCGCGCCAGUCUGAGGAUAAGGCGAACGAGCUCACGCAACGGGCCGAAGCCGCCGAAGCAUCCGUCGAAUGCCUUCGCGCCGAACUCGACGAGGCUCGUCACAACCUCUCGAACCUGCAGGACUCGCUUGACCAACUCCAGAGCGAGCUCGCCGAGUCGCAGUCGUCCUCGACCGGCACGGCGCCCGGUCCCGCAACACCUGUGCCGGCCACGCCUGCCAACCUCGCCUCUUCCAACCAAUCUCCUCAGCCAUCGCCUCAAACGCCUAGCCUCGACCCCAGCCACCUCGUCGACCGACUGCGGGACGAGCGGCAAAGCCUCCGCGACUCGCUCGAGUUCGUCCGCGAGGAAGCCAGAAACCGGAUGGAGACCUUGCAGAAGCGAUUGCGCGAAGCAGAGGAGACGAAGGCGACCGAACUGAGCCGCCUACAGCUCAACCUCAUGGACAAGGAGGCGGCAUACGCGACCGAGCGCGAAGCGAAUGCCAAGAUCGAAGACGCGCUGCGACAGGCGAAGCGGGAGAGGGAGGCGGUUGAGGACAGGUUGGAGCAGGCUGAGCGGCGAGCGAAGGACGCAGAAGUACGGGUGGCGGAUGCCCUCCGGCGCUUGGCUGAGGAGCAGCACAUGCGGCAGGAGGAGCAACUGGAGCGGGAGAACGCGUGGGGUCUCGAGGGGGAGCUAGACGCUGCGACCGAGUCGGUCGAUACGCUCCGUACCGAACGCGACAACGCCAAACUCGUCGUGGAGGAACUGCGACAGGCUCUUCUCGCUGUCCAGGCCGAACGCGAGGAAGCAUCGGCGGAGAUUGCUGCGCUCAAGACCGCAUCUGCGACCGCCAGCGCACGCAUUGUCGAGCUUGAAGAGCUCGCAUCCGCUCUUGGCGAGUCUCGCGAAGUUCCGACCAGCGAUGCUCUCGACGACUUCGCCACCCUCUGCGACACUCUUCGCUCAGACGUCACGCAGCUCAAGCGAACCAUCGCCGAUCAGUCCGCCUCCAUCGUCGACUACCAGGCCAAGAUCGCCUUUCUGCAGCUCAACCUGGCUGUGCGCGUCGCCAUUGACGACGGCGAAGACGACGAGUUGCAAGCCGAGGAGGACUCGGCUGCGCCCGUCACAUCGGACGUCGACAAGGCCGUCCAGAGUCUGCCGGACAAUCUCGACAUGCGCACGGAACUGCAGGCGGUACAGGAACAGCUCGCCGCUGCGGUGUCUGCUCGUGCAGCACUCGAGACUCGUCUUGAGGAGCUGCAGACAGAGCUCGCCUCGGUCGUCCACGCCGGCAAGGCCUCGACGGCCGCCGUCUCCGCCCUCGAGCAGCAACUCGAAGCAGCUCGCUCCGAUGUGGCUGAACGCGAAGAGAAUCUGCGCAAGACGAGCGAGACGGCGUUCGGUCUCGCCGCCCAACUCGCCGAAGCCGGCGAGCGCAUCGUCGCGCUCGAAGGCGAAGUCGACGAGGCCAAAAACAUCGUCGCAGAAUUGCGGGCUCGGGUCGCCGAUGCAGCCGACAAGGAGGCCCGCCUGCUCGAGCAGCAGAACUUGGCGGCUGCCCUCAACAAGCGCGUCGAGGAGGCUGAGUCUGCCCGAGAAACGACGAUGGAAGCGCUUCUUGCGGCCCGCGCAGAAACCGCUUCCAUCGCUGCCGACUUGGCGUCUACGACCGACGAGCUCGCAUCCACGAAGGACCUCCUCGCCGCAGCAUCUGCAUCGCUGGGUGACCUGCAGCAGGAGUCGUCUUCGUUUGACGCUGUUCGCGCCGACCUCGAGCAGCGAGUCGCGUCGCUCGAGACUCGAGCACGCUCGGCAGAAGACGCCGUCGAGACGACAGUCCAGCUGCGAGAGGAGGCGGAACAGCGCGCUUCCUCAGCCGAGGCCGCGCUCUCGCAAGUCGUAGUUGAUUACGCGAGCGCAACGGCGGCGAGGGACGAGCAGGAGCAGGCACUUCGAGUCGCCCAGGCCGACUUCGACGCCGUCCGAGCCGACCUCACCAUCCAGCUCGCAACCGCCCGCGACGAGAUUGCCUCGUUGACGGCAAAGCUUGACCAGGCGGAGGGCCGCAGCGCGCGCGCCGCCCAAGUCGAGCGUGAUCUCGUCGAUGCUCGGGCUGAGCUGGACAGGAUGACCGAGCGGCUCGAGGAAGAGUCGCGAGGCUCUGAGCGGGCGCGCGCAGCCCUUGCGGACGCUGAGGCAAAGGCUGCUACGGCGGUCGAGCUGUCGUCGAAGGAGAUUCAGACCCUCCGCAAGCUCAGCAAGAGCUCGGCGGCCGAGGCUCAGGCGUUGACCGCGGAAGUCGAGGGGUUGCGAUCGCAGAUCGUCGAGUUGACCUCUCAUCUCCGCGAGGCGAACGAGUCGAAGCAGCAAGAGUUGCGACAGCUUCGCGAGCAGACGCAGCAGAACAUCAAGGAGGUCAUCGAGUACUCGGAGGCUUGCGAGCGCGAGAAGGCGGCUGCCGAGGCUGAAGUCAAGGAGUUGCUUGGCGAAGUCGAGCGCCUCAAGGCGGAUGCGGCGAACACGGCAUCCUCCAGUGAGGCCGUCGCUCGGAUCACUGAGCUGGAGAAGCUGCUCGAGGCAAAGAUGCUCGACGUCGAGGAGGCGGAUGAGAAGCUGCUCGAUGCGCUCAAGGUGCAGAAGAAGUAUUCGACGCAGAUUGAGCGACUCAAGGCCAAGAUUGCGUCUCUCCAACGCGACCUUGCCACCGCCAAAGCGUCCGCUGCCGCCCCGACCGUGCUGGCCGUCGCCCCGCUGCCCUCUGCUCCGGCACCCUCGUCCGUCGGUAAGAAGCGACCAGCACCGUCCGACUUUGACGGCUCCACUGCAACAACCCCGCGGCCUGUUCUCGCUUCCUCUGUCCCGGCCAUCCCGCUCGACAAGGAGAAUGCGCCUGCCUCGUCCGCCCGCCGUCAAGCACGCCCUCUCUCCGCCAAGAAGCCUACCGAGACCCUCGUGCCUCUCAAACCCGAGCAUCACGUCCCAGACCGCUCGCACGCGCUCAAGCCAGUCGACGCCAACUCGACGGCGCCGUCCUUCGAGCCCGUCUCCAUCAAGGUCCAGCCCGCCGUCAACAAGCGCGACACGCUCAUGUCCCGCAUGCACGCCCUGCAGAAGAACACGGCGGCGUGA